AUGGCCAGUAGCCUAGUUCCGCUUCUCAUUAUUACCGCCGUUUAUUAUUAUUAUGUGGACGAAGCAUACGACCGAGGUUCCGCCUAUAUCCCACUGAUGACUUUAAGGAAAGAGGAAAAGGAAUCUCAAAGUCAUUCUGACGAUGUAAAUUUGGCACCAGCCCCAAAAACCAUGAUCGAAAAUGAGGAAACGACGCAAAACGGUGAUGUCACGCCACCCCAAAGUAGGGUUCGAUCAAGGAGAACUCUGGAAAAUGACGUUUAUCGUGCCACACCGGACUUUUACACCGACUAUAGUCAGCCGCCUAUGACUUUACACGAUGGCGUACUCGACACCGGGAUACGUAAUUACGGAGCACCUGAACUCUACGGAAUACUUCCUUGGUUGUGGCUUCCGGUUAAAGGAACGAUUGUGAACAGGGCGAAGAAAUUUGGAUUCUUCCGGCGAAUAUCAAGGGCGAACGGUAGCAUAAGUACUCGCUCCGUGGGGUCUUCUCUCGAAGAACGCGAACCGCUGUUAGGUCACGACGAUUAUGAUAAUCCCAACGCGUCAAUCACAAUCAACGAAUCUCAAAUCCCACCGGCUGGAAUCCCUGACGAGGUGAGUCGACUUCAACUCCGUAAUUCAGUCGAAAGUUUACGAUCCGAAAGUAGUAAUAUGGCAAGCGGUUCGGGAGAAAACGGACAAAUAGUGGGUAGUCCAUUAAGGAUGGAUAGUCCUUCCUUUAGAGAUAUGCAUGACGGAAGGAGACUCAGCAGGAUACGCGAGUUAACCGACAAACUUGGAGAAUUUGCUGGCAAAAACUUUAGUUAA